UCAUAUUGCUAAUUGGCAAGUUAGAGCUUCUCCUCAUCCAUGGCGUUCAUCAAACUAAAUCUCAACGUAGACGUCAACAGUUGCCUGAGCGGGCUGUGGGCAUCACUGCAACUAGCUAUAGGCAGGCCAAAGACUGCAAUCAAGAAAUUGGAAAAGGAAAUGGCGAGAUUGAGAGGCAAAAGGAACGACAUCAAGAACCAAAUCAGCGAAGCGGAGCGCGAGGGGAAGAUUCCUACCAACGAAGUGAACCAGUGGCUACAGGAGGUGGAGGAAUUGGAAGGCCAAGUGGCAGAUAUCAACCAGGAUUUCCAAAGUAUGAUCAGUUGCUUCAGUUGCAAUUGUUUCAGUUUCAGUCUAACACAAGAAGCAGGAGAUCAGGUGCCUAUCAGAGAGCCAUCAAACGGCUGCUCCAUCAUCCGAAGAGUGGUGAAGAAGCUCGGCGAGGCUAAUGAAUUGAUGAGUCGAGCUAGUAUAGUACUGGAUCCGAUUGCCACAGUCGGGCCUCCGGAACCCACCGUGAUGCUUCCCAUCGUACACCGACCGCCUGUAGGGAUCGAGUCAUAUGUGGAGGAUAUUGUGGGCUACAUCGAUGGUGGAGAAGGCAGCAUCAUAGGCAUCUACGGAAUGGGUGGUGUCGGUAAGACCACCGUGUUAAAGAGCGUCCAGCGACACUAUUACAAUCAUAGAAUAAUAUUUGAUCAUGUCAUUUGGGUUGUAGCCUCCAAAGAUUGCCAAUUGAAAAGGCUCCAGAUGGAGAUUGCUAGAACUCUAGGACUGAACACACUGCAGGAGAGUGAUGAUGAAGCAACUUGUGGUGAUAAAUUGUUUAGCUACUUGAAAAACAAGAAUUGCUUGCUGCUUCUCGAUGACAGUUGUGAAUACCUGAAUCUUCAACUGUUGGGGAUGGCACACUCGGCUACCGAACAAGGCCAGCAACAACACGAGCUGCGCCGCAAAGUCGUGGUGUUCACAACCCGCAGUGAGAUAGUGUGUGCACGAAUGGAAGCAGAAAAAAAGAUCAAAGUCAAAUGCCUAGAUCAAGAUCAAGCAUGGCAACUCUUUAAGGAGAAUGUCGACGGGGAUGUUCUCAGCUCAGAUAGAGGAAUCAACUCCUGUGCUCAAGAAAUUGCUAAAGAAUGUGCAGGUCUUCCGCUAGCUCUCAUCACUGUCGCCCGGGCCAUGUUAGGGAAAAAAUCAUGGGAACUUUGGAAGGACGCUCUCCAUCAAAUAAGGGAUAAGCAUGAGUGGACAAGUACCAUUGAUCUUUCAGAAGAAGAUUCAGUUGUAAUGUAUAAAGCCUUCAAGUUAAGCUAUGACAGUUUAGAAAAUGACUCGAUAAGAGAAUGCCUUUUGUGUUGCGCUUUGUGGCCUGAAGAUUAUGAGAUCCAUAAAUUUAAGGAGUUGAUACCGUGUUGGAUAGGUUGUGGCAUAAUCCGUGAAUUUAAUGUAAUCAAUGAAGCUUUCACCAAAGGAUGCUCCCAUUUGGAAGCUCUCAUGGCUGCAUCCUUGCUAGAGCACUCCUCUAGACGGCCGAAUUAUUAUGAGGCUGAACAUGUAAAGAUGCAUGAUGUCAUCCGAGACAUGGCACUAUUGAUGUUCUCUGAGUUAAAGGGGAAUAGAAGGAAAUCGAUUGUAAAAGCUGGAUUUGGUUUGCAUAAUUUGCCUAGACAGGAGGAAUGGCAGGAGGCAGAGCGAGCAUUGUUCAUUGAGAACCAGAUUGUAUCUUUACCAGAGUAUGAAGCUUCUAGUUUUCCCAAACUUUCUAUGUUGAUUCUCUUUUUUAACUAUCCUCCUCUGAAUAUUCCUCGGAGUUUAUUCACGAGCAUGCCUCGUUUAACAUACUUGGAUCUCUCUAAAUGUUUUAUAAUAGAGCUUCCGAUGGAGAUUGGUAGCUUAACUGAGCUUCAAUAUUUAAACUUGUCCUACAACACAAUUACAAGUUUGCCGCUCGAGUUAGGUUGCCUUGGCAAAUUAGAGUACUUACUUCUAAGGGAUAAUUGUCUCAAGACUGUACCCAACGGGAUAAUAUCCAAUUUACUAAUGCUCAAGUGGUUGGAUAUAUCACAACAGAUUCCUGUAUGUGAGCAAUGGUGGGAUGAGUUGGUACAUUUCAGAGGAUGCCACCAAUUAAGUUUGGAAAUUUCCAUUUAUGCAACUGACCUCAAAAGACUGAACAUGUUACCAAAUGUCUCGGUAAGGAACCUCGCUAUGAGCGGAUUAAGUUCAAAUUUUCAGAUGUUGCAAUGGAGUCUUAGAGUAACUGACAACCUCGAGUGUUUAACUAUUUCAAAUGUCUGGAAGGGAGAUCAAUUAAUGGUGAAUGCAGGCGUCGACUGCGAAUCAAAUUUCAAAUGUUUGAAGACUCUCAAUUUUAAAUUUCUAUACCAAUUGAAAAUCAAUUGGGUGGAUGGAGUUGGGUUCAACAACCUUCGCGACCUAUACAUUUCUAAUUGCUACAAGUUGAAAGAUGUUUCUUGGGUUCUGCAACUGUCAUGCCUUAAUCUUCUAAGCAUACUAAAUUGUCAGGAAAUGGAGGAAAUAAUAAGUAAUGUUGGCAGUUCCAAUUCUAGCUUUGGCAUCAAGAUGUUGGGUUUGUCUAAAAUGGAUAACUUGCAGCGCAUUGCAUACCAACCACUCCAUUUUCCCUACUUGGAAUAUAUAACUGUGAGCUAUUGCCCCAGGCUCAAAAAACUACCAUUUGGAGCAGAAACAGUGAAGAACAGAUUAAAAGAGAUUCAAGGCGGUCCAAAUUGGUGGGACGAUUUGGAUUGGGAUGAUCAUAGAAUCAAGGAUUCCCUCACCCCUUAUUUUAGGGAUGGAUCCAAUUUGCUUAGACAGGAGAAAUGGCAGCCAACAUUGAUCGUUGAGGACCAUAUUAUAUGGUUACCAGCGGGUUUAGAUGAUCCAGAAGACAAUGGGAGCGAUGAUGAAGAAGAUGGAGAAAAUGAACCAGAGGCCAAUGGUGAAGGAGGAAGUGAACAGGAAGAUGACGAGGAUGAUGAUGAUGAAGAAGAGGAAGAUGAUGAAUACGAAGAAGAGGAAAACGUUGAAAAAGACGACGGACUGCAGCACCACCAACAAAGAAGAGGAAGUGAGGUGUAUUGCUGCAUUCUUUUGGGGUAUCUGGUCCUUGUAGAAUUUUUUAUUUUUUUUCUUGUCAUUUUUACUAGUGCUUGACAUGGAAAAAGAUUAGUGUUUGGGUGGGAGUAAUGCCCUUGCAUAUUAGGUAGAUAGGGCUGACCUCCUGUGUAUUAUCUUGUCUUUGAUUCUUGACAUUUGGUUUGAGUUUUUUUUAAAGAACUCAUUGUUGCAAAUGUGACUUUAUAAACAUUAGUAACAAUCUUAUGUCA